AUGGGAAUCCAGAACGCAGAGAGUAAAACGGACGCAGACUGAGAAACCAAGAGUAAGAGACACAGAAGGCAAAAAAAAAAAGUGGAGACAGAUUUAAUUUACGCACGGGAAAAACAGGAAAACGAGUUAAAGAAAGGAAAGGAAGAGAGAGGAGAAGAAGCAUCGGAUUUUUUUUCUCUAAAUUUGUCUCCUUUCACUCUCAUGACUCAAAGCGGAUUCCAGUUAAAUUCACCCGGUCCGGAGGAAUUGAUGGUGUCUUUUCGGGCAAGCAGAGCCGAGGGGAGGAAUCUGAAUGCGCUCGGCUGAACCAUGCCAGCCUUGUGGAUCAUAACUUUGGCGAUCACUUUGAACCAAGUGUGGUGCGUUCGCUUCUCCCAGGAGCCCGCGGACCAGUCAGUGGUGCUGGGAGAACGGGUGGUGCUGUCCUGCGUGGUCUUCAACUACAGCGGCAUCGUCCAGUGGACCAAGGACGGCCUGGCCCUCGGCAUCGGCGAGGGUCUGCGAGCCUGGCCCCGAUAUCGUGUGCUCCGGGCUCUGGACAUCGGCCAGUACAACUUGGAGAUCUCCAAUGCCGAGCUGUCUGAUGACUCGCUGUACGAGUGUCAGGCCACAGAGGCCGCCCUGCGCUCCAGGAGGGCCAAACUCAAUGUACUCAUCCCCCCUGAGGACCCAGUGGUCGAGGGAUCCCCAGAGCUCCUGCUGAUGGCUGGGACUCCAUACAACCUGACCUGCGUGACCCGGGGGGCCAAGCCUGCAGCGCACAUCCAGUGGACCAAGGAUGGAGUCGCUGUGGAGGGAGCCUACCAGUCCACGGAGGUGCUACCGGACAGGAAGCGGGUGACGACCAGGAGCUACCUGCCCAUCACACCAGCCGACACUGACAGCGGUAGUAACUUCACCUGUGUGGCAAGCAACCCAGCAGUGCCCAUGGGCAAACGAGCCGCUGUCACCCUCAACGUUCACCAUCCACCCACAGUGACCCUGUCCAUCGAGCCACGCUCUGUCCUGGAGGGGGAGAGGGUCACCUUCACCUGCCAGGCCACUGCCAAUCCUCCCAUCAUGGGCUACAGAUGGGCUAAAGGUGGCGUGUUGCUGGAAGGGGCCAGGGAGAGUGUGUUUGUCACCACGGCGGAUCACUCCUUCUUCACGGAGCCCGUGUCCUGUCAGGUGUUCAACGCCGUGGGAAGCACCAACGUCAGCAUCCUGGUGGACGUGCACUUUGGCCCUAUACUGGUAGUGGAGCCCAGGCCAGUUACAGUGGAUGUGGACUCUGACGUCACUCUUAACUGCAAGUGGUCUGGAAAUCCUCCUCUCACCCUCACCUGGACCAAAAAGGGCUCCAGCAUGGUGCUCAGCAACAACAACCAGCUGUAUUUGAAGUCAGUGAGCCAGGCAGAUGCAGGGCAAUAUGUCUGCAAGGCCAUCGUACCCCGGAUUGGAGUGGGAGAGACUGAGGUUACGCUCACUGUCAACGGUCCCCCCAUCAUCUCCAGUGAUCCGGUCCAGUACGCUGUCAGAGGGGAGAGAGGAGAGAUCAAGUGUUACAUCGCCAGCACCCCCCCACCUGAUAAGAUUGUCUGGGCAUGGAAGGAGAAUGUGUGGGAGAAGGAGAAGGGCACCCUGAUGGAGAGAUACACCGUGGAGCAGAGUAAGCCUCCGUCCCAGGGCGGGGCUGUCCUCUCCACACUCACCAUCAACAACGUCAUGGAGUCUGACUUCCACUCGCCAUACAACUGCACGGCCUGGAACGCCUUCGGACCCGGCACCAUGAUCAUCACCCUGGAGGAGACAGAUAUUGUUCCAGUGGGAAUUAUCGCCGGUGGUACGGUGGGCUCCUCCAUUCUGCUGCUUAUGUUUCUACUGGCGCUCGCCUUCUUCCUCUACCGCCAACGCAAAGGCAGUCGCCGGGGUGUCACCCUUGGUAAACCAGACAUCAAGGUAGAAACGGUCAACAAAGAGACCCACAGCCUGGAGGAGGAGGCAGCCAAUGUCUCCACAGCAACCCGAAUGGUCAAGGCCAUGUACUCCUUUCUGCCCUCUGUUUCCCUGUCUCCCUCCACUCAGCCAUUCAAAGACGACAUGGACCUGAAGCAGGACAUCAGGAGCGAGAGCGACACCCGGGAGGAGUACGAGCUCAAGGAUCCAACCAAUGGCUACUACAAUGUCCGAGCCACCACCCACGAUGAGGCGCGUCCCCAGUCCCGUUCCAUCCACUACCAGGGGGAGUUUCGUUCGCCCAACCCAAACAGCGGGCCAACCGGGGCUACAUCCAGUGGACCCUCAGCUGCCCCUAGCGGUGCAGUUCCCCCUAGCGCAGUGCCAGGCUCAAGGACUGGUUGCUAUGAUCCCCGCCCACCUUCCAGGAUGUCCCACGCCACCUACGCCCAGUUCAACACCUUCUCCAGGGCAGCGCAGAGCCAGCAAGCACCUCCCAAUCCAGCUCUUCAAUCACCUGGAGAUUACCCAGGAGACUGUGGCCUGCUGGACAGCACAACACAGCUGGCCUAUGACAACUAUGGAUACCCCUCCCAAUAUGGCUACCGUAUGGGCUUUGCUCCGCCUAUAGAAGAAGGGCCAGCCUAUGAGAUGUAUCCAACAGGACAAGGGACCGGGCCAGGGCCAGGGCCAGGGCCAGGACCAGGACCAGGGCCAGGGCCAGGGCCAGGGCCGGGACAACAAAGCCCUGAAACAGGGCUGGGGAAGUAUGGCAGCUCCACUCGCUUCUCUUACUCGUCUCCACCCUCUGACUAUUCCCACAGACACACACAGCGCAUGCAGACUCAUGUGUGAGAAAAAACCAAACACGCUCUUUGGCUCGCUUUUUGCAGCAGCAGUACUUAUUACACAUAUAGAAACUUUGAAACUUAAAAAAAAACAAAAAAACAAAACACACCUUUCUAUACAUAUACAUUCAAGAAUCCGCUUUCUGUUUCCAUAACAACAAGAGCAUGAAAUUUGGUUAAUUUUCUGAACCAAUAAAGCAACAAAACAACGCACAGCAGUCAGCAGCAUCGCAUAUAGCAUUAUAUAGCAUUAUCGCAUUAUAGUUAGCAGCAAUACAUACAACACACGCAAAGCGACAUUCAUACACGUUUGCGCAGACCCUCUGUUGCGUGCAGUGUUUGUACAUCAACAAAAGCAACAGCGUGCCACAAUCAAGAGACAAAAAGAGAAGUAGAGCACUUUGAAGACAGGAAGAUGAUGAACGGCAAGAACUUAAGGAGGAGCAAUCCUCGUUUUGCUCUUCGACCAUCUCCCUGCAUCGCAUUUUCCUCCCACACCAUCUAUGUAAAUAAGUGCAAAUUAAGAUUUGGAUCAUUUUAAAGUUAUUUCCUUGUACAAACCUAUACAGCGUGAUGCAGUACAGUGACUUACAGCAAACCUUCCUGUAAUCCACUUUUUUUGCAUUUUCUGACGCUCACACAUAAACACACACACAUACACGCUGAAGACUCGUUUGUUUCAGUGUAUUGCAGCAAUGGGGCAGCUUGGACUAUAAAUAUUUCUGGCACUUUCUGAUCCUCUCUCCUCACUAAAACCUGCCCAGUGGCCAUUUUUUUACAAGAUCUACCUUGAUUUAAGUGGGACAAAGCCUCUUAAGAUGGUACAGUGAGUGACCAGAGUGCCGAUGCUUAUGUGCCAACACACACAAACUAUUGAGGUGUGUCUUCUUUUGAAAAGUGUACAAUGAGACGCUAUGGACGACGAGGUUUUGUACGUGCCACAUCUAAGUGGAAAGGAGUGGUAGCAAGCAUCUGUGUAAACUCCUUCCCCUCCUCAUUUUUCUUUUUUUAUCAUCGUGGUAGAUUUCUUUACUUCAUAUUUCACUCAAGGCCAAUGCUGUAAACAGUAUUUGUGAAACGAGGUGUGGCAGGAGGGCUUUUUCAUUCAAUGAAUAUCUGCAAUUUGUACAAAAAAAAUACCUCCCCUAUCCUCAAGUGUCAAAAAAAUAUUUGUUUCUCUCACUUGCACAGUAGAAUAGAUUUUUUUCCCCAUAUUUAUACCGAACCGUACGGACAAAAUGGCAUUCAGAAACAUUUUAUAGUAUUUUUAUAAGGAGUUGUGGACCAAAGGUUCAGAGUUUUGGGUGACAUUCGCUUUUUAAUGUGUAUGUGGCAACAUGGUCGUUAUUGGAAACGUUUUGAGUUUCUUUAAAAAGAGAUGGAUGGUAUUUUUAAAGGGGAUGUUGUAGACUUAAAUUAGAAAAUUUGAAGAGCUUCAUUCCAAAAUGGUGAAUAUCCAGCCAGGAGAAAAUCUCUCUGGUGGAUAUCUCUGUUUGGUGUGAAACUCUUCCUUUGACUUCCGGUCUUCUGACUGGACUGCCUUUUUUUAAACGUCGAUGACAUUCAAAAUGAUGGAUGGAGAACAAGCAGCUGCUCCCUUUGGGCUGUGUUGUAAACUUUGUAAGCAAUGAGAUGGUUCAACAUAUCAAAUUGAAGGUACAGGGGGUUCUAUCUAGCUCAUAUGGUACUUUGUAUAUUCAUGUGUAAGUAUGCUGGUUUCCUCACCGCAACAAAAAAAAAAUUGGUAGUAUAUUUAAGUCUGAGAUCUUUCCAUUAUGUUGUGUCGGCUUUGGUAUGUGUGACAGGCUUUUGACCCCACAGGUUAUGAUGACUAGCAUCUAAAAUAUUGCUUGUUUGCUCCAACAUCUACUGAUGCAGCUACUAAGCAGGUUCUAGCAGGUUUUAGUGAAUCUCCACCAAAUCAUUACCCAAAUGUUUCCCCUUAAAAAGGAAAUAAGAUUUGUUUUGUCUUCAAAUGCACAAAGAGGACAAAAAGUUUUCUUUGCAGUUUGUUUGAGUUGUAGAGAACUAAAAGCUUUGAAUGGCUGUUUUUGACUGCUUCUUUUUUUUUACCCUCCAAGCAGAGCCAUUUUUCUUGUUACAAAAUCACAUCUUUGGGUAAACAAACACAGAUAUGGCUGUUCAUGAGCAGUGAGCACAAGAAAUUCAAGAAUAUGUCACUUGCUUAUAAUGUUACUCGCAAUGUGAACACUGCACUGAAAACAUUUGUCCAAAACAGCCACUGGUACUAAAGCAAGAUCAGUGAAAAACAGUUGCUUCGUCUGCCAUAAAGUUACCACUGGUUGUAGAAGUGGUUCAUGUUUGCACACUGAGCUUUGUAAGUGAGAUUGGAUUCAAUACUGUUUGCACCAUCUCACAAUUUCACCUUUUGUGGUGACAAUCAUUUGUUGCUUACACUACAUCUGCAGCAUCAGUCUUUAUUAUAUACUGAACUUGAAAUCAUAAGGUUCCUUCCCUAAUUCAGCUUCAUUUUUUAAAGAGAAGUUAACUCAUACAUGACUUUUUUUUACUUUCUUAGGGACAUGUAUGUUUUAUCAGAUAGACCAAGUAAGGAAGGACUGAAUUCAGCAUAGAACCACCCACUUGUAUCCGUACCAGCAGUUUAAAAUGAUGGCAGAUGAGGUGGUGCUUUACAAAAAGACCAGAGGCUGCAAAGUGAAGCCGGAAAUCUUAGCACCUCCAGAAGUAAUCAUUGAGUCUUUAUACUUAUAAGCCACCCUAUCAACCCCUCACAGAUACAGUAUAUUAUGUUAAAUUUGUGCUAAGGGGCAGUAAAAUUUGUAUUUAGUGCCCCUAUUUUGAAUAAACACCUGCAGAAAGGAAACCACAGCCACAUCAUUUCUGAUUAGAAUAUCAGAUGGAACCUUGCAGCUCCAAGGUCACUAUAUAAACUGUUUGAGCAGUUAUGGAGAGAAGAACGGCAGAUGGAGCACCCUUUUAAAUUUAUAUGGUUAUCACAGCCUUGGUACUGCAUACUAUUACCUCUUUACAACCUUUUUACAGAGUUGUAGCCGUGCAGUAUUUUUGCAUCUGACCUGCAAUGUCGUUAUGACCUUGUGUAGGAUGAAUAAAUUUGACACAGAGGAGGUAUUGAGCCCAACAAAUACACGGCCAGGGGCCAUCCAGGUACUCAGUCAUUACCUCUUAACUAUUUACAGUCUGUUGACAGUGGAGGCAUAUAAAUACGUAAAAGACACCGCAGAUGCCAAAAGUGCGAGAUGGAUGUUUAGAUUUGGUUCCUCAAUGGGGAAAAAAAGUGGUUUGGAAGGGAAUGUGGAAGUGUUUACUUCCUGUCUUAUUUCCUUCUUCCUCAUAUGUACCUCUCACCACGGUGUGUACUUAUACUCUUUACUCUGUAUUCUCUCCUGUGUCAUAAUAAUAGCCACCAACCAGCUUCCAAAUUUAGAGGUUGAGCCUGUCUUUUCACGAAAAAAAAAAUCAUUGCAAAUCUCAUAGCUUUCUUCCACAUUUUCUUCAAGAUGAUAACACACGGGGUAGAUAUAGCAAUCUAGCUUGUACAAAUGUGUGUAUGUGGUGGGUUGAGAGUCUGUUUUUAGAGAAUAUAUAGCUUCAUGAGCUCAUGAAAUCCAUCCUCAGUGUUCAUUAUUUCAUGAUCUCCUUUCUUUAUAUGAAAAUCUGUAUUUUGAAACUUAUUUUCUCUGUAUUAUUUUGUGGUGUUACACCACCAGUGGAAGAAAAGAGUACAGUCAAAAGUGUGUGUUUAAACUUUUAUACACAGUAUUUUAUUUUAUUUUAUUUUAUUGCUUGAAUGCAUUUGAUAGGGGGGGUUCUGAUUAAUCAGCCCAGCAAGAAAAGAGAGUGGAUGUGUGCAUCUGUGGCCAAAAUGACUGUUCAGCCAGGCCACAAAUAGCCAAAAUUCUGUCUCAACUAGGCCAACCCAGACUAGAACCAGGCCAGACCCACAGCUAACUGCUCUCUUCCAUGCUGUGCUGUGCUGUGCCAUCCCUGGCCAAGAGUGACUCAAGUGGCUUGGUGUCCAUUUUUACCUUUUGGAGUCUUCAGUGAGUGCCAAAAGACUGUGCAAAGAAAACGAACUGAGCAGAAAAACAAAUGCAGCAGCCAUUUGUGUUUAUUGUGUUUUUGUAUGCAGAUGGGUGACUGUGUGUGUGUAUGUGUGUACGCGUGUGUGCAUCCUACUAGUUUGUGUUUCCAUACAUGCACAUGUAGUGUAUGCUUCCAUCUGUGAACAUGCAUGUGUGUACAUGUGUUGGCAGCAUGUAACCCCAGUGUGUGUUUUCAUACCAUUAGAAAUGUGUUGGGACCACUGGACUGUAGAAAAUGAGGGUUUGACUGAUGUGUUGUGGCAAAAAUCAAAUAGAUCAACUGGUCAUGUUGUCACCUGCUGGUAUGAUGGAGGUUCCUCCUGACCACACCUGUUUAUAAAGAGUCUGAAAAAGCUACAGUGACAUUAGAUAUAUUUUACAGGUUCAUUUAAUGAUUCAGUAAUCAUUUCUGAGAAAAUAUUCUUAAUUUAAAGGCAGUAUUUUUACCUAAUAAGUUAUAAUCCUUAAGAUAUUUAUUAGAUCAAAUCACCUUUAUGAUAUCAAAAUGGUAUUAAUAAGUCCAUUUAAUGUACUUGCUGUAAUUGUGUAUAUAUAUAUCUUAUCUGUAUACAGGAUUAGUUUAAGGCAUUAAUCCGCCAAUGUGUGCAUUGUUAGCCAUGUACAGUAGAGUGGUAGCUUUCAGUCACAGAUUCGAAUACGCCUGGUGUCAUGCUACAUACUGUAGGACAGAUUUAGGAUGGAGACGUCACCUUCCUGCGUCUGCUUUAGCCAGAGAAGCUACAAGUGUGGAGAUAAGAGUGGAUAAGAUGGAUGCAACUGUACAGAUUGUUGUAAUCCGACUCCCAGGAAUAAAAAAUGUUAACUGCUCCCUGCAAUUAAUGAAGAGCAAUUAACUGUAGCUUCCGUGUCAACUAAAAAUGGUGUAGGAGUUACAAGAUAGAGCACUCGAAACUGACAGUUAGGGCAAAACAAAACUAAAUAGCUCCAACACACGAGAGAGAUCAGACAAAAUUAACACGUCAGACUGAGUAAUGAUGUAAAACAAAAUACCAAUUCAGCGUGAUUAGAUAGACAAAUACAGAUACACAAGUUGCUCUUCUUCAUUCAUUUAUAAUAUAUAAAAUAAGGGGACCUGAAUUACUAGAAUGCACUUGCAGUUACCAAGACUAACCACAAAUCAAACAGGACUAAAAUCUCAAGGAUUAUAACUUUAAACUGCCUUAAAGAGAACAGAAUUUCAUCUACAUAUUAUUGUGAACUGACACUUUAAAGGCAUUUCCACCCUGUGAAGAAGAUUCUGUCUGUAAAGCUCUAUACCUGCUUUUCAACAAAAAAAAGUUCAUUUUCUGAAGGUGUUGAAUAUUAGCAGAGAAUGAAAAAGCCACUGUCAGCAUCUUCACUAAAUUGCAAAAAAAAAAAAGUGAUAACAUCGCUAACAGCUUUCAAAACCAUGCAUCAGUCAAACCCCAGCAGAAAGCAU